AUGCGGCAUAGGACCAGCUUCUACACGACCGAUCCGUCGGCGCUGCCAGAGCCGUCGGGCAUGGUGGGCUUUGGCGCGGUCGGAUAUCCCUCCGACGACUCCCUGACGCAGGGCAACUUUGCCGCAUGGCUCUUUGACCCCCAGACCACGUACAACGACUUUAGCAUGGCCAGUCUUCCGUUCCUCGAGGGCGGCCUGGAAUCGACCUUCAACAACAACAUCCACUACGACUACGAAUCGCUCACCAGCCUGUCGCCCAUGGACCAGCCGCACCGGCUGUCCGAGACCUCGUCCGACGACUGGAUCACCGAAUCACGGCGCCAGGAGCUGCUUCACUGGUUCCAGACAUUCCGAAAGAAGCAGCCGAGAUAUGAGCCGCUGAUGCCGAACCUGGUCCUGGAAAGCGGCGGGGACAUGCCGGCGCUGAACCUCGACAUGAUGCGGGACUGUCUCAAGGAGUUCUGGGACAGUGUCUCGCCUCGGCUGCCCAUCAUCCACCAACACACCUUUUCUCCGAACCGAUGCCCCGUGCUGCUCCUCCUCGUCAUGCUGUCUCUCGGCGCCGCAUCGCUGCGCAGCCGUGACGUGUCGGGGCAGCUCUCCGAGUAUGGCGCAUUUGCCGACGUCAUCAUCUCCUGCGUGAGAUGGGAGAUUCUGACCUCUGACGACUCGGCGCCGCCCGCCAGUCUCUGGGUCUUGCAGGCCCUCCUGCUUCUGGAAUUCUACGAGAAGCUGUACUCUUCCCGGAAGCUGCACGAACGGGCGCACAUCUACCACCCUGCGUUCUUGACGCUGCUCAGGCGCGGCAGUCCGCUGAUUGGCAGGACCGGCAGCGAGUCUCCCCCCGAGCCGGACACCCUCGGCCCCGAUCGCCAGACGCCCAACAUGGCGCUGGACUCGCGGACGUGGUGGGCUCGCUGGGCCGAGACGGAGUCGAUGCACCGCGUGGUGUUUGCGGCGUUUAUGCUCGACGUGAUCCACGCCGCCAUGUUCGGGCACGCGGCCGACAUGGCGCCGCACGAGAUCCGGCUGCCGCUGCCGUGCGACGACAACCUGUGGGCGGCCAACAGCCCCGACGUGGUGCGGCAGCUGGACGCCAACUUCCGCAUGUACGGGGUGAAGCAGGUGUCGUUCCUGGACGGGCUCAAGAGCGCGCUGCACGGCAAGGAGGUCAAGACGCACUCGUUUGGGCGCAUGAUUAUCAUCUCGGGCCUGCUGAGCGUGGGCUGGCACCUGAACCACCGCGAGACGCACCUCAAGUGGCUCGACAUCCACACGCCGGCCAUGGAGACGCAGGACAGCUGGCGCAAGAUGCUGCUGCGGGCCUUUGACAGCUGGAAGGGCAGCUUCGACGUGGCCAUGUCCGACUCCAUCUCGGACGCGCCGGGCCACCGCGGGAUCCCCAACGGGCCCAUCAACAGCGCGUCCGUGCUGUACCACCUGGCGCACAUCAGCCUGCACGCCGACAUCGUCGACUGCCAGGUGUACGCGGGCGCCAAGCGGCUGCUGGGCCGCAAGGUGUCGUCGCGCGACUACGCCAACGCCAUCAAGCGCAUGAGCGCGUGGUCCGGCAUGGCGUCGACGCGGCACGCCAUCCUGCACGCCUUCAGGCUGCUGCACCGCUACUCGGUGCGCAACGAGCCCGACCCGCACCGGCCCUGGAUCAUGUACUACGCCGUGCUGGCCAUCUGGGCCUUUGUCCAGGCGCUCGGGCGGCCGCCGGGCAAGGGCUUCCCCCUGCCGACGUCCCAGCUGGGGCAGAGCAGCUACGCGCGCAUGGUCGAGUACGUGUCGGGCGUGGCGGCGCUGCCGGAGCUCGACGAGCGGGCGUCGGCGGCGCUGCACGAGGGCCUGCCCGACCUGCUGGACGUCAUGGUGGACAUUCUCGAGGAGGCGGACACGGAGCUGCUGGUGGAGGCGCGCGAGCGGUUGAAGGUGUGCAAGGAGAUGCUCUUGGGGGGGAUACCACGGCCGGGGAUUUGA